GAACGAAAUACGAAAGCUGUGGAUUGUACACUUGCCUCGCGCAAGUGUUCCAUUGUACUGGCACCAUUUCAGCGCGCCACUCAUCCUCAUUCGUGCGAGUGAAAGUGCAUUUGAGAGAUUUUCCUAGCCAUUGCGGAUGAUGAAAUCUUGUUGCAAAUUUGUCUCGAACAAAUGCUCUGUGCAUUUGGGCGAUGUAAGGUUGUGUACAAACGAAUGAAGACACUACGAAGCUCAGCGUCCCAGCAACAUUUCUUCGAAAGCAAUCGAAGCGGUCCUUUCACUUGGGAACUAAUUGGAAGAAACAUCCGCCGGAACAAAUCGCACCAGAAGGCAAUAGCUUCGUAACAAAUCCAUUCACACACCCCAUACCACGGAUUGUAAAUUUAACGCCCUCUACGAUAAAAAAAGUGUCGUACGCUUGUGCUCGUGUGGUGGUGAAUGGGACUGGCGGCAGUUGCAUCGGUGCCAGUGAAGAAAAGAUCCGAUGCAGUGGAAGAAAUGGCACCCGCUCUUACCGAGCCUCUAAGCCAAAGCAAAUUGUCCUCCUCGGCCGCGUCGGGUGCCUCUCCGCGAACGAGCAGCAGCACAACGACACCGGCUGCCACGACAACGUACGACGGUACGACCAUCAUCACCUCACCGGACAAUGCCCACGCCGAGUAUCACCAAACACAAGCGCAGCAACAGUUGGAACAGUUCGUAGAUGCACAGCAGCAACACCAUCAAUCGCUUGCGAUCGUUGACGCAGUCGAUGUUUCUGAGAGUGUAGUUUUACCUUCUACUACUACAGCAGCAGCAGCAGCGGCAGCACUACACGGCGGGAACGAGGGAACGGCCAUGAUGUCCCUGCCGUUGGGUGGUUCCAGCGACGGAGUUGUUGGCUCAACCAUUGUGGACGACAUACAGAACAACAAUAGCGGCGAGCAGGGUUUGAAACUGGACGCCGACUCUAACCGAGACCUGAUCGAGAUUGCCCUGGAGCAGCUGCAUCAAGAAGCGGCCAUGGGUGGCGCAGGAGGGAACGGAACUGAAGCGCCCGCGGUGGGACCGAUAGCAGUGGACAACGUGGUGGAUAUGGCUGUCGUUGCCUCCCACUCCGGUGUAUUGCCGGGCAACAUGUUGCAGCUGCAGGAACAGCAGCUAAUGUCGAUGGAGCUGCCGCCGACGCAAAUGAUCGUUGCACAGGACAAUUUUCAAGAUGCUCAACAGUUUCAGCAGCACCAGCAGCAACAGCAGCAACAGCAGCAGCAACAACACAUACACCAGCUGCCCAACAAUAUAAUGAGCAUCCCGCUCCAUGAUGCAACCCAACCGUCCUCCUCCCUCGUGGGGGUCAGCGGUGUCAGCGGUAACGGCGAGCAUGCCAUGCAGCUGAGGGAUAACAACGAAAUGGAUCAGAUGAUGCGCGAGCUGGCUACGAACGACAUUGAUCUGAUGCAGGUGUUUAAAAGCUUUGACCAGAACAGUCUGCUGCUUUUCGACGACGUGACGAAUCUGUGCGACGUGCCGGGCGCCGACGGCAGCCAGUCGCUCUCCUCGCCCAACAAGGAUCGCGAGCGGCUGGAGCAGCACGCGGAAAUCAUCAAGAUGCAGGCCCAGAUGCAGCGGAAACAGGACUUUCUGGCGCGGCGCCUCAGCAAGCUGACUGCCCGAUACAUGGGCCAGCACAUAAGCGAAGAGGUGGCCGGGCUGUUCGAGUACAGCCAGCGGUUCUGGAAAAAGCGCGAAAAGGAAACGGCCAAACAGCUGCACAACAUGAACAGCGGGCUGCCGGCCGCCGAGGGUACCACCGGCAGCACCUGUUGGCCCGACAUUAUCCCGUUUCAAGCGCCCCCGCCCGAUCCAACCCCCGAGAAGAUGAAACCCAUUUCGGCGAACGCGCUCAAAUCGUGCAUCAAGCGGCUCGAAUCGAUCGCGAACAAGAUCUGCUCGACGCAGAGCAAACGCGUCCUGAACAGUCGCUACUUUCAGGGGGUGAGCGGUAUCGGUACUGCCGAGGCAUCGCCGUCCACGAGUAGCAGUGGUGGUGUAUCCGAUCCGACCAAUGUCGCCAAUAUCUCCAACACUAUUCCGCUGUUCGAACGGUCGGCCACGCAAGAUCUGGAGCAGACGGCAGGCAUGCUGUAUGCCGAGCUGCGGCAGGUACAGGCCACCAUCGAUUCAGACGCCACGCUCAGCAGUUCCGGUGGCGAAUCGGCGGACGAAUCAUUACCAUACACGAACGAGAUGCAGGAACCGCUUCCAAUCAAGGAACGUGCCGCCUGGAGAUGGGCUAAUGAUCGCGCGUCCGUUGCAAGCAAGUGGACGUGGGUAGUGGCCCGUGUAGCGGAUCUGGAAUAUCGCAUCCGGCAACAUAACGAGGUGCUGUACAAAAUUCGCCAAAACAAGGGUCCUGUUGUGCUAGAGGAAACGCCCGGUGUCGAUGAUCAGCACCAGCAGCAAUCGGUAAAUGGAUAUCGCGGCCAAUUGCCGGGUAGCAGCAAACCCUCAACGUCGCACGUGACGAUCAGUGACGAAUCUGACGCCGAGAUGGUGCCCAGUUGUUCCCGGACGCGUCCCUACUGUCGGGCACGGUUCCGGAAGCGGAAGCUGAUGCAAACGCACAACAUGCACACCAUAUCGAAGCGUGCGGCCAAACCCAGUAAUGUCAAGUGCGGUUGCCAGUGGCCACUCCAACCCUGUGCCCUGUGCACGGGACGUACCGAUCCAACUGCGCUGAGGGAACCGCUGGACACGAUGACGUUCCCGGAACGUGUGGCACUGCUCGAUGCAAGCUUCCAUCCAGUAUUGAGUUUCCCAGAAGACAUUUCGCACAGCAUACAUCUGGAGGCAAUAAUGCGAAAGCCGGAAUGGCAAAGCAAAAUGAUUCGCAGCAAAGUCACACCUGCUAGUCUGCUAGAAUCGGUACCGGGAGCAACCGUACGCGGUGGGUUCUUCUCGUCUGGCGAUGAAAUGGCGCCAUCCUCCUCGCACGGCAAACGCUACGUCAGCUCGGACAGCAAGCGGAAGUACGAGUCGAUGACCAGUAAUAAGUACAAGAGUAACGAUCGCUACACGGGUGAUAGUGGGAAUAAAUCGAAGAAAGCCAAAACCAAGCGGGAUGUGAUAAUUUCGAAUAGUCGUAAAUCCGGCGCGGGUUACUCGUACGACAGCUCGCGGUCGGGCCCGAACGGGCACCGAAACAACAAGAACCAGCACGGUGUGAGCAAAUCGCGAAAAUCUUCCCAUUGUUAUGAGUACUACGAUGGUCAUGAGGGUGGCGUAAGUCGCAGCAGAAACACCUCACCAACGCCCAACAAUCGAAGCGAAAGACGGUAUCGUAACAGUGCUUACAACAUCGAUAGCAUCGUUAUUCCGAGCAUGCCCGCCUCUAGGGUGUCGCUACCACAAUACAAGGAUAUUGCUGUACCAAAGUGGCGUAUCAUAGACUACCAGGAAAAUGGGGACGAAUCGCUUACCAGUCAAAUGGAUGGCUCAGCAACCGCCAACGAACUUACGAUCGGCAUGGAGUUAUCCACGGAAGAAAAUCCGACUACGACGCCCGUGAAGGUUGACGGUGCGAUUCCCCCGAACGGCACGAAAACGACCACGCCGUCGGCGACGAUCGUGCCCACCACAGGGUACGUUGAGGCGGCGUAUCAGCAGCAGCAGCUGAUUGUGAUACCGGCGCAGGACGAGGAAGACAUCUCGGAGGAAACGAUCAUGCUGAAGCACGACCGAGCAUUGCAGGAGGAGCGCAAAAAGUUCCGUUCGGUCCUGAAGUUCCCGUGGAGCCGACCACGCGCUAAGCGGCGCACCGACAGCCGGGCCGGGUCAAGCGGCGGCAAUACACCUGACCCGACGUCGCCUGCACCGCCAACGCCAAUGGUGGAUCAUGAUUCAUCGCCGGCUUGUCCAUCAACUCCACUAACUCCACAGGAUGGACAGGAGCUGUCCGAAGCAAAUGUUAUGAAUGCGCUUAACAAGAGUCUCCACAAGAAAGAACGCCGUAGGACGGUGUCAUCAAAACGCGAGGAUCAACAUGCUCAAGGAGCAGGAACCAUUACACCGGAUACGCGUGAGGUUGUUUCGCCCUAUGAAGCGCUGCAGUUCCCGCUAGCAGACGAUAUCUUCGAAGACAUGCUGCGUUCGAUGCCGAGCGAUCACCUGGACAACGACUGUCUCAGCAAGCUAACCGGACGGAAUGGUCUACCCUUCCGCCGUCCGCUGCAUCGCAACAACAACGUGCUGCUGAGGGUGAACUCGAGCGUUAAUCUGGCCCCGGCCAGCCUGGGCCUGAACAAUCAGAACGCGCUCAGCUCGAACACCUCGACGGCGACGACCCUGUCGGCGACCGAGACAGAUCUGGAAGACUUCGACGACGAGGAUCUGAUGCUGGCGAAGCGAAGGGAGCAGGAGCUGAUCAUGCAGCGGCUGCUGAACAGCCGCAAUGAGUCGCAGCAAUACGAAAUAGUGCCACCCUCCGCCAAACCGAUGCUCGACGACGACGAGGAUGCGAUCGACGACGAGGAAACGGAUACGGGCGAAUCGUUGUUCGUCGAGGAGGACGAUCCGAACGACCCGGAGUGGCACGACCGGCCAGCGGGUCGUGGUGGGGCAGGGGCAAGUGGCAGUGGUCCCGGAAAUGCCAGAGUUUAGCUGGAGAGACACAGCAGGGGGGAUCUAAACUGUUAAGCUUAAGUAUGUUACGCUUCAUAAUGUAAGCGGCUAUUUUUUUUUUCUUGUUUUUUUUUACUACCAGUGAUCCCGUUGAGCUUUCUUGAUCGUUCUUCCGUGAUCUCUUUUACGGUGCGAAACGACCGUAAACAUCGACAGUGGAGAAGAAGUCAGUGAUAGGUAUGCGGGCAGAAAAGAAACGUGUUGUGCUUGUGCGUACAUAAAGUUUUGAGACAUGGCAGCACUCACGCAAGUGCGAAUAUAAUGUUCUGAAUAUCGCUCUAUAGAAGGCGUUAAGUAGCGGAUAGGGAUGAGUCUUCUUUCUUUUUUUAGUUAGGUUCGCAUGUUCGGAUCCAGAUGAACAAAUGAAUCGGGAAAGGAACAAAAUGCGUUUCUCUCUUGCGCAUCCUCUUUUUAACUUACCACCCGAACCAAGAUUUUAUGCAUGCACAAAACCACAAUCUUUGCUUCCUUGGUGUGUUUAUUUUCUACACCAUCUGCUCGGUUUUGUCUAAUUUGACAACGUUUCGUUUCUUCUUGCGCACGUGAAAACUAAUUUAAGUUUAAAGUUGUGGGAUCACACACAUAAUGCGUGUGUGAGUUUUUUUUCCCCCGAGGCACGUGUAUGUGAAUAGUAAAAGGAAGGUUAAGUUUGUUUAAUGCAUUUAAAUAUUCAUCGCGUGUCGAAGAAUUGAAACACCAUUCUAAUUAGCGUUUUACUUAAAAUUUCUGUUAAGCAGGGCUACUACGUGCGGACUCACACACACAAACAUCGAAUUUCAUCAAUAGCACUGUAAAUGUUCACGCGUAACGUGUUGAGAGUGGCCGAAGUUGUGAAUCAGAAUAAUGAAGAAUGGUUUGCUGUAAAUAGUGUAUGAAUAUAAUACAUUUAUGGAAUUGGUUUGUAACAGAACAUUAGAAGCAAACAGGGCCAUCCUACGUGUGCUCCUUGGCUGUAUGCAUUAUAUGUAUGCUUAGUGAGUUUCUUUAUUUUCAGCUCGAAAACAACUCCUCCUCGUUAUCGAGUAUAAAUCAUUUUAGUACAUAUAAUGAGCGCGCGCGCGCAGUUUUACCUUUCCUGUUUUGUUCUACCAUCUCUUUUUUAUUAUUAACUGCUAGCAAUAUUUCAGUUACGUUUUGUGCGUGUUUAACACCUUCAAUUAGUGUAAGAAAUAGGGAGAGCGUGAAAGAGAGAAGGAUUUGUAGAUGAGUGUAGCAUUGGUAAUUGAUACUCCAUCAAUCGCCUUCAUCCUCCACAUUGCUAUUGAAACACACAUACCACCCAUACUCCACACAUCUGAUAGCAGGGUAUGCUUCGCUGAAUAUAUAUGUAUAAUAGAUAUGACACGGAAAUUAGCGACGCACAGUUGGAAGGGGAUCAUUUUUUAAACAUCAUUUUGAAAAAAAAAAAUGAGCUCCUGUAGAGCAAUGUUGUUCUACCUGCGCACGAAGCUAACAGAGUGGUGUAUGAUAUAAUUGUUAGGGGGCAAUUUUACGCAUGGAAAGGGGGAAAUAACCUCCACUCCAUCAGCCCAUAAAUUCAGCACCGAACAUAUAUACCAGCAAAACCAAUAAAUUGGUCUUUGAAUAUUUCGCUGCUUCGGGAGCGAACGAUCGCCAUAACCCUCUAACUAAGAGACGAAACAAACUAAUUAAAAUAAAAACAUACACUCUCACACACACAUUAAACGCUAAUACUACUACUAUGUGCAAAACAACACAGUGUUGUUGGCCUGAAAUAUAGAAAGCAUGUAAAUUUAGUCUAGUUUUUACGAUUAUGUAGAUGUUUAAAGUUCAAGGGAAAGUACCAUUUGGAAUCGAUCGAAAGCGAUCGAUGUAUAGUAGGGCAGGGACCGUACCACGUUGAUCAUUACUACACCAACACCACCAUCACGAGCACCAGAUAGGAUGAUUUCUCUGCUGGUAAUAAAUAUAUCUUGGACACAUUGUUGAGUGAGCUAGUGCAAACGCAUGUAGUGGAAAACCACCGGUGAAGGGGGGUCCUGUGGAUACGUGUGUGUUUUCGGUGUGUGUUGUAAAAUCACAUACUUGUAUGUAGAGUUAUGAGAGUAGCAGUUAUGUAAACCUGCUUUAUUAAACGAAAACGCUUCAGUGAUUGGGACAAAAUAUGGAAAGAGAAAGAGAGAGAGAGAGAGAGAGAGAGAGAGAGAGAGAGAGAGAGAGAGAGAGAGAGAGAGAGAGAGAGAGAGAGAGAGAGAGAGAGAGAGAGAGAGAGAGAGAAAGAAAGGAAUGAAUAUGGAUGGACAGAAUGAACAGUAAAAGAGGGAAUUUGGAGGACAUUGGAUAAUAUAGUUUCGUAACAAGAAAAUACAAAAAAAUGUAUAAAAAUGGAAUUAUUACAAGUCGGCAAUAACAGCCCGGUAAAACAUA